AUGGCCCCCAACGAACUGAACGCCCUAGUAAAGGAGCUUCGGGGUAGUCUUGAAAAACAGCAGCUUGAUCAAGCACUGACGUUACUCAGCCGCUCGAAGCGCGCUUUGCUUCAAUUGAACGCACUCAUACCAACAUCUUUGACACCUCCUCAGCUUUUCUCUCUUGCCCGUGAAGUAUUGGAGCUUGGCGCCAUCACAUCGAUACGACGAGGAGACGCGCCUUCUUUCACCAGAUACUACCAACAACUCCAGCCAUUUUAUGAUUUCGAACGACAUAUAAUUGCUACAAAAGGAAAUGCGUCCCAGGUGGAUCUACAAAAAAGCCAGCGCAGCAAAAUCACGGGCCUUUAUCUCCUUUUGUUACUGAGCAUGGGCAACAAUACCGAUUUUCACACUGUACUAGAAGGCUUGGUGGAAGAGGCUUCCAUCCAGGGACGUAAUGUUGAAGACGACCCAUAUAUUAAGUACUCGGUAGAGCUGGAGAGGAGUCUUAUGGAAGGAAGCUACGAUAAGGUGUGGAGGGAGACAAAGCUAGAAAAUGUGCCAUCGCCAGACUUCGGUUUAUUUUCUGACAUCUUAAUCGGCACUAUCAGAAGCGAAAUCGCUGAUUGUUCAGAAAAAGCUUACCCGUCAUUGCCCAUUUCUAAUACCAAAAACCUUCUUUUCUUUAAUUCCGAAGGCGCUGUCAUAGAAUUUGCCAAAGAGCGUGGCUGGCACCUGAGAGAUGGCCGAGUAUACUUUCCAACACAAGAUGAGCAGUCCGAGCAUGCUGCACCUCAAACAGAGAAGGAGAUUGUUCUUACAGGAGGAGGGGUCAUUGAAAACGCAAUUCGCUAUGCUAGACAGUUAGAAACAAUUGUAUAA